GCGAGACGCGUAAUUAUCUGAAUCGAACCGCACGUCUUCAGAUUUCGCGCCCAGAUGUUGUGCCACUGAUCCACAGAGAAACCUUAAGAAGGAUCAGAGGGCCUCAUAAGAGAAACUCCUAAAAGUAUGAAGAAGAAAGAAUCCAUCGUAUUUGUCUUGUUAAUGUUGGUUCUUUUCCAAGACAGGUCCAGUGCCAGUUGGAUGUGGAUGGGAAUUUCGGCGUUGGGCACCCGAAGCAGUGGAAAUCUGACGACUUGUUAUGGAGUUCCUGGCUUGUCCUCUCAGCAGAUGACUGUCUGUAAGUCCAAACCGGACCUUAUUCCAACCCUAAGACGAGGAGCAAAGCUUGGAAUUGGCGAGUGUCAAAACCAGUUUGCUAAAGAACGAUGGAAUUGCUCCACCACAAAUACCUCGUCAGUAUUCGGUGGAAUUAUUAACAUAGGAAGUCGCGAGGCUGCGUUCAUUUACGCGAUAACUUCAGCUGGUGUGGUACAUGCGGCUAGCAGGUCAUGCAGUCUUGGGAACCUCAGUGAAUGUGCUUGUGAAACUCGCAGGAAAAGGAAGCUGCCCUCCAGAGGAUGGGAGUGGGGAGGCUGUAACGAUGACGUGAAGUUUGGUAUCUGGUUGUCAGAGACAUUUGUGGAUGCACCUGAACGGAACGAGCGAAGUGUCACAAGCUCUGAUAAGAAGGCACGUUUACGGAAGAAGGCAAGACAUGCCAUGAACCUUCAUAACAAUCAAGUUGGCAGACUGUUCUCAAGCAAGCGACAGUACUGACAGCACUGGCAUGGCUACUCAUUCCGAAAGAACCAAUUCAUGGUCUUCAUUCGAAAUGGACUCGUACAUCAAAGGACAUCAUGAAUACAAAGAAAUGUGGAC